AUGAUUAGUGCUGGAAACAGAACAGCCCUGCUGGAGGAGAGUGAAGAGCAGAAAUAUCAUGAUGUCAAAAGUAGAGAAAAAACUUGCUCACAGACUGAAUCAGAUUCUUUACUGAAAAGUACAGACAAGAAAAGUUUAAUCUGCACUCAGUGUGGAAAGAGUUUGAUGAGCAAACAGAGUCUUGUGUUUCACACGAGGAUCCACACCGGAGAGAAACCAUACACAUGUGAUCAGUGCGGGAAGAGUUUCACAUACAAACGGACUAUAAGUGUUCACAUGAGGAUCCACACUGGAGAGAAACCGUUCACAUGUGAUCAGUGUGGAAAGAGAUUCGCAUGCAAACGGACUAUAAGUGUUCACAUGAGGAUCCACACUAGAGAGAAACCGUUCACAUGCGAACAGUGCGGGAAGAGUUUCACUCAAUCAUCAAGCCUUAAGAACCACAUGAGCAUCCACACUGGAGAGAAACUGCAUGAAUGUGGGCAAUGCGGAAAAACAUAUGUAAGGGCUUCAAGCCUGAAGGAGCACAUGAUAGCUCAUUCAAAGGAAAAACCACAUGCAUGUUCUUUAUGUGGAAAGAGUUUUUCACAACUGCAGCAUUUAAAAGUUCAUCAGAAGAGACACACUGGUGUGAGAGAAUAUAUGUGUUUUGAGUGUGAGAAGACUUUUAUUACGGAUACAGAACUGAAGCAGCACCAGAGGAUCCACACUGGAGAUAAACCUUACAAGUGUUCACACUGUGACAAGAGAUUCAUUCGGUUAGGACAUCUGAAAUCACACGAGAAGAUCCACACUGGAGAGAAACCUUACAUAUGUUCACACUGCGACAAGACAUUCAGCCGGUCAGAUACCCUGAAAAGACAUGAGAGGACUCACACUGUAGAAAAAACAUAUCCCAUGUAUGUGGGAAGAGUUUCAGUCAUUCAUCAGCGUUAUUGA